GUUUUAAUUUUCGUUAUGCAUCAAAAUGGAUGCAUGGAAAUCGCUCUUACAGAAUGUUAACAAAAGCAUUUGGACUGAGAUUAAUUAUUGUCGUUAGUGGUGAAGCAAGUAAAUUUGAUCUAUUAAGGUUUACAUUAAAUAUUGGAUCAGUAAUUGGAAUACUGGGUUUAGCUACCGUUAUUUAUGAUGCUGCUGCCGUUUACUUCGGACAACCGGGGGACAUGCUUAAAUAA